CUGUCACGCAAAACAUGAGCUCAUUGAUGUCAUAAAAUAUCAGUCUGCUUUUUUAUUCCAACCGUCCUGGUCGGAGGCUCCCAUAAAUAUUUAGUUUAUACGUAGGGUUACGUCCUACCUAAAUUUAAUGGUGCAACGCUCAAAUAUUUAGUAGUGCGUAAAUUGUGACUUAUUGCCCAUUUACGCUACAACUGGGCUAAGUUGUAACGUACGCAUAGCUGGUGCAACCGGCCCCUGGACACUCCCGGAGCUCUUCCGAGUACGGAAACCCACAUUUCCUCCUGACGACACGCAUUCCCAAGAAAACAUCCUGGAUAGUGGAUAACGCGCCGUGCUGCUUGUGAGUAUGAAACUCGCAGUGGAAGACGGAAGAUGACCAGAUACUAUCGACAUAGGUGGUUUUAGACAACCGACUGCGGAAUACUUGAGAUGUCAGAGAAAAUGCACAAGUCUGUGAUUUUCCAACUUCAUUCGUCUUCCAGCUGUUGUUCACAUUUGGAGAUAUAGAGCAUAGACCUUCUUCAUACUGACUCUUGAAUAUACAAGACAUUAAGAAAGCGAUUUGAAUCUGGAAAAAAAUGUGGCCAUAUUUUUCUGCAAUUGCUUUUAUUUUUAUUGCGCAGGAGAUCAACGGAGAGCCACAUACGCGUUCAUCCUCAGCGUCGCAGUUGAACUCAACAUUAUCCCCUCAAGAGGAUUCAUUAUACAAUUCUACGGAUGCAAUGGUUGGAUCUCGCAUUUCUACCAUUUUAAGGGAUCUUCCUACCAUCAAAAAUAUUUCGAUUUUCAUCUGCGUACUAACAACCUUGCUUAUCACGUGCCUUGUCAUAAAAAUAUGCAGAUCUGGAAAGAAGAUCAGAAAAACGCGAAAGUAUGACAUUAUCACAACUCCCGCCGAGCGCGUUGAGAUGGCACCUUUAAAUGAAGAAAAUGACGAUGAUGAUGACUCAGCCAUGUUCGAUGUCAAAUACAGGUGAGGUGAAUUACAUUGUGCACUCAGUCAUUGUUGAAAAACCCCUGGAAACCCCUUUGUGAGCACAUCUAUACUGGAAAUGUUCUCCCCGCACCUUUAUUUUUGAUCAUCUCCCCAGAGCCUAUAGAAACCUUAGUGGAACAAUUUGUCAAAAUAAAACAAAUAUUUUUAGGUAUAUUCAUCUGUCCUGACAUUCCAAACCUAACUUUCAUACCUUUGAGAAAUGAAGUAAAGAGAGUUAUCAAUCUUAGAAAUAUAUAUAUAUUUUUUUUAAUACUUUAAAGGUAGAAGACACAAACGUUGUCCUCUCUGAUUAUCUAUGCCCUGAAUGCUCUAAAUAUUACACUUCUGUUUCUUGUGGUGUUUUUCUUUUUGCCAUAAAAAGCAUUCCAGUAGUUUGUAGAAAGUCAUAUGCAUAAAUGCCCAUGAAUGUUAAACAAUUUACAUAUAAACAUGAUCACAUUGAAACUAUUUCUAAGUAAUAUUUUUGUAGCAGUAAAAGACAUUUGAGUAAAAAGAGAAAAAAGGUUAAUCACAGCUAAAAGUUUCAGAUGAAAAGAUGAAGAUACACGUGUCAUGGAUGGACCAAUGAAAAGUUAUCAAAUGAGUCAUUUGAUUAUUGAUGAUGUUAAAUGGAUAUGUUUAUGUUCCAAUACUGAAAAUGUUACUUUCUUUACUAUAUAAUAUACUGUUUGUAUAUACAGUAUGUUGUAUGCAAAUUGUUCCUCAGAAAUAGGUUAUUUUUUUUUAAAACAAAACUUUUUUAUUUAAUAAGAGUAAUAUGUUUCAAACCUCCCUA